AUGGAGGGCCUUUACUACAACGUCAAAUACGGCUACAUCGAGGGCAUCGUGCGCGGUUACCGCAAUGCACUGCUCACCAGCCAGAACUACAGCAACCUGACGCAGUGCGAAACCAUCGACGAUGUCAAGCUCCAGCUUUCGCCCGCGUACGGCGACUUCCUCAACUCAUUGCCCCCGAACCCAUCGACGUCUGCCCUCGCCGCAAAGACCACUGACAAGCUCGUGGCCGAGUUCCGCUAUCUCCAGGCCAACGCUACCGGCUCGCUCUCCAAGUUCAUGGAAUACCUCACGUACGGAUACAUGAUCGACAACGUCGCGCUGCUGAUUACGGGUACGCUGCAUGAGAGGGAUACGCGAGAACUGCUCGAGAGGUGUCACCCGCUCGGCUGGUUCGAGACUAUGCCGGUACUGUGCGUGGCGACCAACAUCGAGGAGCUGUACAACUCGGUUCUGAUCGAGACACCCCUCGCGCCCUACUUCAAGGGCUCGCUCAGCCACCAGGAUCUCGACGAACUGAACAUUGAGAUCAUCCGCAACACCCUAUACAAGAACUACCUAGAGGACUUCCACCAAUGGAUCAACUCUUGCUCCGACAUCGCCGGUACACCCACCUCAGACGUCAUGUCUGAAGUCUUGGAGUUCGAGGCCGACCGCAGGAGCAUCAACAUCUCCCUGAACUCUUUCGGUACCGAACUUUCCAAAGCAGACAGGAAGAAGUUGUACCCAGCUUUCGGCAAGCUAUAUCCAGAGGGAACUCUGAUGCUAUCGAGGGCAGAUGAUGUGGAGGGUGUGCGCAUUGCCGUGGAGAGCGUCGCCGACUACAAGAUGUUCUUCGACCAGACCGGUCUCAGUGGUGGCGGCGGUGGCGGUGUAGGCAACAUGGCCGGAGGUGUUGGUGGCGAGACAAGGAGUUUAGAGGACCUCUUCUACCAGAAGGAGAUGGAGAUCUCGAAGCUCGCAUUCACCCACCAAUUCACUCACGCCAUCGUCUACGCAUGGGUAAAGCUGCGUGAGCAGGAAAUCCGUAACAUCACAUGGAUAGCCGAGUGCAUCGCACAGAACCAAAAGGAGCGCAUUGGUAACUACAUCAGCGUCUUCUGA